CCGGAAGUGAAGGCAAGCUUCGCGCUCCACGUGGGAACGGUCUGGUGGUGUGUUGUGAUCGUGGGAACGUUUGCUGAAGGCGUUGAACUUUUAGCGGGUUGCAGUUAUGAGUUCCGGAGCAUCUCCGGUGAUCGAUGAAACGGAGGGACCGGCACGAGGCGGCUCGGGGCUUGGUUUGUCAGACAGCGAGAAUGAGGACGCUUGGGAGGAGGAGGAGGACUGUGCCGACGAUCCCAACGCCGAGAUGGAGGGGUCUGCGCAGGGGACUCCCUGCCUUUUCUGCGACAGAUUUUUCAGUUCAGCUGAAGAUAGCUUUUGCCACUGUACCUCAGAUCAUGGGUUCAGUGUUGAGAUGGUGGUUCGAAAACAUCGGCUUGAUUUUUAUGGCUACAUUAAGUUAGUAAACUUUAUUAGACUGCAGAAGCCAGAUGCCGGGUAUCUUAAUUCUCUCAGACCUCCAUUUCCUUGGGAAGAAGAUAAAUAUUUGAAGCCUAUACUAGAAAAUGACUUAUUACUCCAGUUUGAUGUAGAAGACCUUCUUAAUUCUUCUGUCUCUUGUCCUGAUGGAGUAUCUGAGACAUCAUCUCUCCUUGAAUGCUUGAAAAAUGCUGAGCACAGAACUGAGUUGGCAGAAGCUGCAUUGGCCAGAGCCCAAGAUGAUCUACAGAAAAUGAGGCAAUUUGCGCAGGAUUUUGUGAUGAAUGCAGACAUCCGAAGUAGCUCGUCUGCCAGCACCAUUGCAGAUUUAAAGGAGGAUGAAGAAGAUGUUUACUUCAGCUCAUACGGGCACUAUGGGAUCCAUGAAGAAAUGCUAAAGGAUAAAGUGCGCACAGAAAGCUAUCGUGACUUCAUAUAUCUAAACCCACACAUCUUUAGAGAUAAGAUUGUCCUAGAUGUUGGAUGUGGCACUGGAAUCCUCUCCAUGUUUGCUGCCAAAGCAGGUGCAAAAAAGGUGAUAGGAGUGGAUCAAUCUGAAAUUGUCUACCAAGCGAUGGACAUCAUUAGACUCAAUGGACUUGAAGAUAGUAUUUGCUUGAUCAAAGGAAGAAUUGAAGAAGUGGAUAUACCUGUUGAAAAAGUAGAUGUUAUCAUAUCUGAAUGGAUGGGCUAUUUCCUUCUCUUUGAGUCUAUGCUGGAUUCCGUCAUUUAUGCAAGGGACAAGUAUCUGGCCAAAGGAGGCUCAGUGUAUCCUGACUCCUGUACCAUUAGCCUUGCAGCCAUAAGUGAUAUCGCUAAGCAUACUGACCAGUUGGCUUUCUGGGAUGAUGUGUAUGGCUUCAAUAUGUCCUGCAUGAAAAAGGUGAUAAUACCUGAAGCAGUUGUGGAAAUCUUAGAUUCAAGGACUCUAAUAUCUGAAGCUUAUGUCAUCAAGCGGAUAGACUGCCAUGUUAUCUCAGUUCCAGAACUGGAAUUUUCAUCAGAUUUCAUUUUGACAGUCACAAAGACUUCCGUGUGUACAGCAAUUGCUGGAUAUUUUGAUGUGCAUUUUGAGAAGAAUUGUAACAAACAAAUACUGCUUUCAACUAGUCCCUGUUGCACCAAGACACACUGGAAACAAACAGUAUUUUUUCUGGAGAACCCAAUUUCUGUCGAAGAAGGUGAAGUGCUGAAAGGAAAGAUAACAAUACACAGAAACCGAAAAGAUCCCCGCGCCCUCAUUGUAACACUUUCAGUUAAAAAUGUGAAACAAACAUACAGUCUGCAGUGAGCAUUGCUCCACAACCAGCUUGAGAAGCAUAGUUCAGUCACCAGAUGUAACUUUUUGAAGCAGAGAAGUCUGGAUAAAAUUUAAGAUCAUUUGGUUCCACUUCCAAUAAAGUUUUUAUUUUCUCCCAAACAUGAGAAUGACAGCUGACGUUCUAUAUGAGACUACUGACUGUGCUUGGCAAUCAGUUCAUACUGUCUUAAGAAGUAUUUCUCUUUUGUGUGGGAAUCCAUUAGUAGAGCAGCAGUCCUCUGCCCAAUCUCUGAACUUUCAGUAAAUGUAAGGAUGAAUUGUGAUAGAAAUACAUUGCAGGUCUGCAUGUAGAAGUAACACCGCUUCUAGAAUUAUUUUUAGGAAUAAUUCAUAUUAUUAGGUGGGAUCCAGAAAUUAUUUCUACAGUGGUGGAAUCUCCUGGAGAGUUUUCUGCACAGAAGGGGAAAGGCAGGGUUUGUCUGUCACCUCUGCAGGCUUUCUUAUCACCACCUCAACUCUUCUGGAGAAUCUUCAGAGCAGAUUUUUGAGAACCCUUGGGACUUUCUGGGAGCCAGAUUUCUACUCUGAAUCAAAAUCAUUAACUUUGCAAGCAACAAGAGCCUUUCUGUAUGCAGAAAGCAAGAUGUAGGUUUUUAUGGUUAUAAAAUACUGAAGACACAAAUAAACCAUAAAAAUACUGAAGACACAAAAAUAGGACUAACUUGAUACAAGACUGUUUGGGUUUGACUGCCUUCACCUACACAUAGCCAAAAAUUAUGCUUUUGAAUAAAUUGUUUUUAUAAAUACAGUUUCAAGAUAAAUUCAUUUCUUGGUCUUUGGACUUCAAAUGUAUAUAUUAUUAGACUGUAAUAGUUUAAAAAUAUUAGAAGUAGAAUACAGCAGCUUGCUAUUAUUGUUAUCAUAAUCACCAUCACCUGAGUGUCAUCUUUCUACCUAGAGGGCAUUCCAGAUGAGUAACAGUUUAAAAAAAAGCUAUUUGCAUCAGUUCUGAGUGAGUCAGAAUACUGUAAAUAAUUUUUCACAUUGUUAUUCAACAUUAGUACUGCUUUAGGUAUACUCUCCCCAUUUUUAAGAUUUUCAGAACUUUAAAACCCCCGACAAGAUAGAAUUGCUGUUUGUCCAAACCCAGACCAUUUCUCUUAUAAGUGGAUGAGGUGACAUCCCUCCCUCCCCAAAAAAGCACAUCCAUGGUAUGGGUAUCUUUACUGGUCUCGGGGCUGACGGUGCUUGGGCAGGUCCAAGCUGUGGGUGAUCAUAAUCUGCAAUCCAAGGGACCUUCACUCACCUACUGGGGUGUUAGUUCUGGCCACAUCUGGGACGAGAGGAUCUGGUGACAGUAACUCCUUCCUUCCUCACACCAGGAUAGACCACUGCAAUGCACCCUACAUGGCACUGCCUUGGGGGACUAUUUAGAAACGACAGUGGAUGCAAAAUGCUGGUACGUGAGAAUUGCAUCAGCCUUGUUACACCAACACUGUAGGUGCUGCAUUGGUUGCCAAACGUUUCUGGGUACAAUUCUGUGCAUUGGUUCUGUUUUUAAAAGUCCUACUUGGCUUGGCUCCUGGCUACCUUUGGGGCCACCUUCUCCAGAUAGGGCCCUCCCAUCUGGUGCACUCACCCUAACUGGGGUGGUCAUUUGUCCCCAAAUGAGAGAGGUUAAAUCAGUGUGGGCCAGAGGGUGGGGUCUCUUAGUUAUGGAAUAGCAUGCCUCCGAGGCUAGAUUGGUAUAGACUUUAAUAUUCUGCAAAGCAGUAAAAACUGACUUCUGUAGGGUCUUGGGACUUAAGGCUACCUGUGUUGAUGUCCAUAAUCGGCAUAUUUAAGCAUAACACUAUUUUUUACUGCAUUUUUUUUUCUUUUAUGGAUGAUCACAGUUAAUAGCCAUAUUCUUGGAGAAACCGUAUAAUUUGGUAUACUUCAAAGAACUGUUAAGACCAUAAUCCUAUAGCCAGUUUCUGCAACCAGUGCAAUCAAUUCCUGCAAUCAAUGUGUUUACAAUUGCUUUGACUUGUAUCUGCUGUUAAAAGGGACAUUCCAUAACACUCUUUAAAAGAUCUCUAGUCAUAAUUGGAUUGAAGCCAGAAAAAAGGGGGUGGACAGAAAUCUAUAGUGGCCUGAAAAGCUUUUCUAAGGAGGGCUGAAUGGAGGAGAGUGUGCCAAGGGGAUUAAAGGAGAUUCCCUCAAAAUAAAAUGUGAGGCUUUGCCAUUCAGCAGAGAUUUUACUGCCUUCCUCCCCAGCCAAGUUUCUAUUAGAAGAAAGGAGCAGGGAAUGGCGUUUUAUUGGAACCAACCAUAAUUGGGAUGGAUAUAUAGGAGCCUUCAAGUGACUGGCCCUACUCUCUUAGGACAUUCAGCCUCCAUAAGAAUUACUUUUUAGUUUCAUAGAUCACUUCUUAAUAGUCUGGCACCAUUAAGCACGUUAACUCUGUGACUUUGCCUUGUGACAAAUGUUUUAUAAUAAAAAUCUGUUUAAAGAUUGAAAUUUACUUCAUUGGCUGAUCGAAUUAUGGUGUAGUGCUUGACUCCCUCCCCUCCCAUCUCCCCAUGUUCCCUUUCAGGGUAGACAGGCUGUCUGAAUUUGUUCAUGGCUUGGUGUUCACUUACUCAAUAAAAUGACUGAAAGGAGAUUUGUUAACUACUAUUAGCAGAUUGGAGAGCCAGUUCGUUGUAGUGGUUAAGGCACCAGGCUAGAAU